GAGUGUGAUUACCGAUGGGAAAACAGAACCGUAAAAGAGCGUCAGCUCAACUGAAGUCGAAAGCUGAAGAAAAAGAGCAGAAAGAAGACGUCUUGGACGACAAUGAAGUGGCCGAAUCCAAGCCAGAGAUCGGAAAAGUGCUCAGAAUGGACUCCUCAUCGGUCAAUUCAAAGAAACGCCUCAUCGUUGUGCUAGAUAAAGCAAGUUUGCAAACAGCGAAAACGUCCAGCAAUUACGAACUGCUAGACUGCGAUAAGCACAAGCAUCUAAUGCUGAAGCAGAAUAUUGACCCGAGCACUGUGAGACCAGACAUUUGUCAUCAGAGUUUACUGAUGUUGUUGGAUAGCCCGCUGAACAAGGCGGGGCUUUUGCAGAUUUACAUCAGGACUGACAAGAACUUGUUGAUUGAGGUGCACCCCCAGACCAGGAUACCGAGGACGUUUCCUAGGUUUGCGGGGCUGAUGGUGCAGCUGCUUCACAAAUACGUUGUCAGAGCUGCAGAUGGACCAGUAAAACUACUCAAGGUAAUCAAAAACGACAUCUCAGACUACCUUCCAGUUGGUUGCGCGAAAAUUGCUACCAGUUUCCACACGGACAACGUCGUUGACUUCCGCAAAUUUGUCCCGAAAGAGGGAGAUGACAGUCCUCUAGUGGUAGUGGUAGGCGCCAUGGCCCAUGGAUCAGUCUACCCUGAGUUCACAAAUCAGACAGUGUCCAUAAGUGGCUACCCUCUUUCGGCUGCUCUUACAUGUGCAAAGAUAUGUUCAGCAACCGAGGAGGUAUGGGGCGUGAAGUGAUUAUGAGCAAAACUUCGACUUUGUCUGAACUGAUUUUAUGCAGCUGAAGUUUUGUGUGACUGGCUUUGACAGUUUU